GACGUGGAUGGGCUGAAAAGUUUGGGAGAAGUUUCAUUGAGAGUUUGGCGGAGCCGGAGGUGGUGGCGAUGGGAUCCGAGGGCGAAGGGGCGGCCGCCUGCUGAGGACCCGGCGCCUGAAGUUGGCUGCAGAGGGAUCGUGGGGCGAUGGAUGGGGCGAUCACUAUCAUCCUGCUGUCUCUGGCGAUGUUCGGGGGCUGCCUGCUCCUGGGAAUGAUCCCUUUGGCCAUCAGACUGCCCCAGGAGAAGCUGAAGUUUGUGACAGUGCUCGGAGCAGGAUUAUUAUGUGGCACAGCUCUAGCCAUCAUUAUUCCCGAGGGAAUCGAGCUGUUGUUGGGAGAUCUCACAGCAGAUCAGCAGAGCAAUAUGUCACAGAGGCAAGUUCUGAAGGAAUAUGAGGCGUUGGACGGAAAGCAGGCAGGCACAAAAGAGUUUGCACCUCCCCAUUUCAUCAUUGGUGUGUCCCUUGUCAUGGGCUUCCUCCUUAUGUUCACCAUUGAUCAGAUCGGCAACUGCAUCGCAAGGCAGGGAGAAACGAGCUCAGGCCCAGCUGUUGGAUCCAGCCUGACGGCAACACUUGGCCUGGUUAUUCAUGCUGCAGCUGAUGGUGUGGCUCUUGGGACUGCAGCAGGAUCAUCGCAGAUCUCUCUCCAAGUCAUCGUGUUCUUUGCUGUCAUCCUUCAUAAGGCUCCUGCAUCAUUUGGCUUGGUCUCGUAUCUGAUGCAUGCUGGAUUAGAGAAGAGACAGAUUCAGAAACACCUCUUCAUCUUCUCCCUAGCAGCACCACUCCUCGCCGUCACCACUUACUUUAUAGUCAGCAAGAGCAGUGUGGGCCCACUGCACCAGACCAAGGCCUCUGGCAUCGGGCUGCUGUUCUCUGCUGGGACAUUCCUGUAUGUGGCAUCCGUGCACAUAUUGCCUGAAGUCAGCAGUCAAACUCAGCAAGUGGUCACCAGCAGCAGUGGUAAGAAAGGCCUGGGGAUUCUGGAGAGCCUGACUCUGAUUGUGGGCUGCACCAUUCCUGUUCUCCUGUCACUGGGACUUCACGAUGCCUGACUGGAGCUGGAUGAUAGCCUUCCCCCGCCAGCCCUCUAUUCCAGCUGUGGGACCUGUACCUUGACUGGAAGCACUGAGCACCCGUUCCCUUGUGACAGUGAUACAUGUUGACAUUGCAAUACGGUGGGGACAAUAUCGAAUUAAUACCUAGUGAAAUUAGUGAGGCCACGGAGCGUUUAUAGUUGGGUGAUGUGUAAUCUGGGAUAACAGAAAGGUUGGGGAUAGUCGGGGCAUUACUAGGACAAGUCAAAUAGCCAAUGUCCUCCUAUAUUUAAUCCAUUAGUGUCACUAUUACAGACAGACACACACUUAACUUGAGGCCUACUGUAUAAAUUGGGAGAUAAUACUUAGUUUUUAAAGUUUCCUUUUACUUACAGUCACAUUCUUACUAGUUCUGCCCAGAUAAAGAAAGGGCAGCUCAUUUAUUUGGGGUUUAGUUUGAUGUCACUCUGCCAGUCUAAUGCAUCCAUAAUGCACAAAGAGUUGUGAAAGGAAAGAAUACAAGUGAAUGUUUCAGGCAAAAUCCUUUGUCCCAACUUUGAUAAGGAGUUUCACUCUCUCUAUUAAAGGUAUUGAUAGCCCUGCUGUGAAUUUCUGGGUCCCUCGUGGUUGGACGGAGGCUAACUAAUGUCCACUGGACAUGAACCCAGUGUUGACCUCCAUACAGCCCUGUCACAACUCCAGACCUUCUCCUGAGUGGGUUUACAACGCCAGCCAUCACUGGCCACAGAAGUGUUGGGAACACCCGAGUGAAAAGCUGGUGACUUCACUAACAAAGGGGAGAAAUCAGCUGAAGCAGGGAGAUGCUGAAAGAUGGAUGAGAAAUACACAAAGCCAGAGUGAAAACAAAGUACUUUUAUGAUUGUGAAGCACACUAAUGGGGUGAAUUACUAGUGUAAAACUUGCUUAGAGAUUAAAUUACUAAUGCACUACAUACUAAGGGAUUGACUCAUAUAAACAAUAGAAAGGGGAUGAAUCGUAUUAUUUUCAACAGACACAGGACUCAAUUACUGGUGUAAAAUGUCCAGGGACUGAAUUAUUCAUGAAAAGCGUUUGGAAGGUGAAAAUCUUAUAAGAGGGCUGCUUAACGGGCAAGUUCCUUCAUAGCUGUACCCACUCAACUGCUGUAACCACAAAUGUAAGCAUUUCCCCUGAACUUGCUCUGUAAUUAUAGAAUGCAGAGGAGGUGGCCAUUCUGCCCAUCUUGCCAGUAACAGUCAAGAACGUGCCAAUCAGCUUAAUGCCAUUUUCAAGCUCCUGGCCCAAGUGCCUCUGUUGCCUGCAACACUUUCCGCAAAUAUCCAAGCACUUUAUGCUCUGAAUGUUGAAAACAGAAAGUCUCCAAUCUCCUCCACUUUGUGGAAGAAAAAUAUUCUCCUCGACUCUGCUCUAAUCCUUUGACAAUUGCUUUAAAUUUCUGACCCUGACAUUGUCCUCUCCACUGUGUGAAAUAGGAUCACCUGAUUCACUCUAUCCAGGCUCAUCACACACCUCAUUAAAUCACCCAUCAAUUUCUUCUGUUCCAAAGGAAACAGUCCUAACUGAUCAUUUCUCAUAGCUAAAAUUCCUCAGCGCUGGAAAAGUUCUCAGAAGUCUUUGCUGCGCCCUCUCUACUCAUCUUUUCACAUUCAUUGAGCAGAAUAAUCCUGUACUCUUGAACUGCCUUUGACCAAGUGUUUUAUACAAUUCCAGCAUAACCUCCCAACUCUUAUAGUCUAUGCCCCCAUUAAUAAAGGGAAGUAUCCUACAGAAUGUUGACUAUUUUAUCUACCGGUCCUGUGAAUGUCAGGGAUCUGUCAAUAACCUUCUGUUCCCAUUGGCAGUCAGAAUCAGAACAGCCUUUUUUUAUCAUGUGCACUCGAAUGACUGCAGUGAACAGUUUGUAACUCUGCCCCUUGGUGUCAUCGUCGGUACAGAGUAGCUAGGUACAGAUACUGUAAGCGUUAAGAACAUAGAACAUGGAACAGUACAGGCCCUUCAGCCCACCAUGUUGUGCGGACCUACUAUCCAACUCUAAGAUCAAACUACACUGCAUAACCCUAUAUUGUACUAUCCUCCAUUUGCCUAUCCAAGAGUUAAAGGUUUGCUACAGAGUUUAAAAAAAAUUAAGCUAGCAUGGGAGCGGAGGUUAAAAGUCUAGAAUUGGUCUUGGACUCGUUCAGUCCAUGGGUUUUUACUUUUCUGACCAAUCUGUCUCUCAGGACCUUGGAAAAAACACCUUGUCUAAAAUCCUGAUAAACUACAUCAACUAUGUCACCCUCAUUGAUCCUCCUCAAAAAUUCACAUAUGAGCUUCCCGAGCAGAUCUUCACAGUCUUUGACUAAAUAUUUCUUAAUUACAGUUAUUAGACCAUAAGAACUAAAUGAGCAGGCCAUUCAGCCCCUCAGGAUUGCUGCACUAUUCAUAGCUGAUCCAUCACUCCUGGAGUCCUCUUUCCUGCCCUUUCCCCAUAACCCUUGAGUCCCCUGAUAAAGAUCACUCUAUUUCAGACUCAAGCAUACACAAAGAUUCCAUCCCCACAACUCUCUGUGGCAAGGUGUUCCAAAGACACUCAACCCUCAGAAGACAUUUCAGUCUCAAAUUAAUUCUCCUGUAUUCUGAAAUUAUGCCACCUGAUCCCAGAUUCUCCCAUGAGGGGAAACAUCCUCUCUGUAUUUACCUUGUUUGCUGUACUUCAGUUUUUCCAAUAUUUACCCAUUCUUAAGGUUCAGCUGAUUUUCUCGAAGUGAAAGAAGCAGAGAAUGACAAUGGUACAAUAUCCACAGUCCCAUUUUAGUCAAAGAAGGUUGCAAAAUGUUUGUCAGAACCUUAUUUCCUGUCUUGUGUCUCUUAACAGCUGGGAUUACAUUUCAUCCAGGCCAACUGCUUUAUCUAUUUUCAAAGAUGCUAAAUAUCCAUUGUGUCCCCUCUCGUCACGUUUAUACCAUCCAACAUUUCACAUUCCACUUACAGCUGUUGUGAUGUGAUAUACAUGUACCCUUAAGGAGCAUAUCCUCUGUCCAUCCCUCCCCACCAUUAGACUAAAUAUGAUAUAAUCUUAUGACUCUGUAAGGCAGAACACAGCAGCAGUAAUACAGAUCAGACAAGUCUACAUCGCCUCCAAAUGAACAUGAUCUGUGUAUGGUCUUAUCUUCAAACAAAGAACCCAUAUUAUUGCUUUAGCAAUCCAUGUUGGAUUAAUAUGCUUGUGAUAAACAAUCACAGUACAUUGGGAUGAGCUCUGAGGAAAUUCAAGCCCAGUAUUAACUUUACAAUUUUACUUGAGGUGUAAUCAUGGUCGUGUGAAAUUUCUAUUUGACCCAAACUGUGAGAAGCUCUUCCUUAUUACAGUCCGGUAUGAUUAAUGAUUCAGAUAUGCAAGCUGUCUAGCAUAAAGUACUGGUGGAAACACACCAGUAAUUGUUUCUAGAAGUGAUAAAAUCUGAAGAACAUUUGAAACAAAUUUUGAGUUGGAUUGGCUUAAGUGUAACUUAUUCCCCUCAUAUACUGAGAUUAAAUACUUAAGAACCUGAAACAAAAUGAAUACGAUAUUUUUGCCACAUAUCAAGUUGUGAGAUGAAAUAAACAGCCUGUAAAGGUAGUGGAAGCCUAUUGGAAUAAAAGUUAGAGGAAUUUUUGAUAAAUAUUUGAAGAGAGUACAUUUACACUAGCUUAUAUUCUGAUCGCUGAAUGUUAUGAAUUUUCUUGCAUUUAGGCCUGCACUUUUUAAAUACAUUCACUUUAAGAACAGACACUUGGGGUAGGCUAGUGAAACACGGGUAUGGUGUCUAAGUGUUACACAGAUAUCACAGUUCAAUAUGCAAGUUCUAAAACAUUAGCAGUUACAGUGUCCAUUUCCCCACUUUACUUUUCUUUGGAUAGCGUGACAUGACAUUUUAUUCCUUGACUGGGUGUUCAUGUCACAUCUCGACUGAACGCUGGCAACCCUGUCAGUGCAGAGAGACGGGUGGAAUGAGGAAUGUUACUUGAAUUGUUGAGAGCACAUUUCCAUUGCUCCAUGUUACAACAUAAUGUUAUACAGGAGAGCAACCGCAAUUGUUGGUGACGUGGUGAGAGUGGAUUGUAAACAGCAUUGAAUAAUCAGAAGACAUUCCCACUGGGAAAUAAAGUUCAGAUGAAAUGCUUGUUUUCAAUAUUCUAAAGAGAAUAGAUUGUGCUGACCAUGUUAAGCUAUUUCUCCUAACCAAGCUUUUAGGUAUUUCAAUAUUCAUAAAUUAAUGAAAUGUUGUUUGAUCAAAUGUACAAGAAAGAAUCAGUCCUCUAUGAUCUCUUGUCUCUGCACUUUGAGAGAUUUGAUUGUAUUUUUAUGAGAAUCUUGUUUAACCUGACAGCCCAGACUACGUUAAUAUUUUAUUCUCAUGAGUAAGUGGUGCAGUUGUAUAUAUGCUUACUUAGUAACAGUUAGCAAUAAGCAGCUGCGAAAAUAAAAGCAAAUAGCAAACCUGAA